AUGAGUCGUCUAGGUAAUAAAUGCGUAGUUUACCACGGAGAGUUGCGUUUGGGGGAACUUGAUGUCUACCAAGUAUCCUCCGGAAAUGAAUUUCGGUUCCCGAACGAUGAGAUUCGCAUCCACCGCAUUUCUCCGGCCGGCGAGAGGUGUCCUCCGCUCGCGAUUAUCCAGACUAUCGCCUCUUUCGCCGUUCGAUGCAAGCUCGAAUCAUCGGCUCCGGUCAAACCGCAGGAGUUGAAGCAUCUCCACGCAGUCUGUUUCCAUGAAAUGAAGACUGCCGUGGUUCUGCUCGGAGAUGAAGAGAUUCACUUAGUGGCGAUGCCGAGCACGGAGAAGAAGUUCCCUUGCUUUUGGUGUUUCUCAGUCCCGUUAGGUCUCUACGAUUCCUGCCUAAGGAUGCUUAACACGCGGUGUCUGUCAAUUGUGUUUGAUCUGGACGAGACUUUGAUUGUUGCGAAUACGAUGAAGUCCUUCGAGGAUAGAAUCGAUGCUCUUAAAAGUUGGAUUUCGCGAGAGAUGGAUCCUGUGAGGAUUAAUGGAAUGUCUGCAGAGCUUAAAAGGUACACGGAUGACAGGACGCUGCUGAAGCAGUACAUUGAUAAUGACUAUGCGUUUGAUAAUGGAGUUUUGUUUAAGGCCCAGCCUGAGGAGGUCCGACCAACUUCCGAUGGCCUCGAGAAAGUUUACAGACCCGUGAUUAGAUUGCCGGAGAAGAACACUGUGCUUACUCGGAUUAAUCCAGAGAUUCGUGACACUAGUGUGCUUGUGAAACUGAGACCAGCGUGGGAGGAGUUGAGAAGCUAUUUGACUGCAAAAACUAGGAAGCGUUUUGAAGUUUAUGUUUGUACAAUGGCUGAAAGGGAUUAUGCUUUGGAGAUGUGGAGACUACUUGAUCCGGAAGCACACCUGAUUAGUCUCAAGGAGCUUCGAGAUCGUAUUGUAUGCGUUAAAUCAGACGCCAAGAAAUCGCUGUUAAAUGUCUUCAAUGGGGGCAUUUGCCACCCGAAAAUGGCAAUGGUCAUUGACGACCGUAUUAAGGUUUGGGAGGACAAGGAUCAACCACGGGUUCACGUUGUUCCUGCAUAUCUUCCAUAUUAUGCUCCACAGGCAGAGACAGCCCAUCCCGUUCCAGUUCUUUGCGUAGCAAGAAAUGUUGCAUGCAAUGUCAGAGGUAUCUUUUUCAGGGAAUUUGAUGAGAAUUUAAUGAGUAGUAUAUCUUCGGUUAACUAUGAAGAUGAUGUGGACAAUUUACCUCCAUCACCGGAUGUGAGCAACUAUGUCUCUAUAGAGGAUCCUGGCGUUUCCUCAAAUGGAAACAUAAAUGCUCCUCCAAUCAUGGAAGGAAUGUGUGGGGGUGAAGUGGAACGCAGACUAAACCAAGCGGCUGCAGCUGAUUCUUCUACUCUUCCUACAACAAGUAACGCUGGUCAAAAACCUGAAACCCCUAAGCCGCAGGUAGCAACUAUACCAAACAACACGAGCACAUCAACUGCAGCAGCAUUGUUACCUUCUCAUAAACCUAGUUUGCUUGGAGCUCCAAGACGGGAUGGCUUCACAUUUUCUGAUGGUGGAAGACCCCUUAUGAUGAGGCCUGGUGUAGAUUUAAGGAACCCAAAUUUUAAUCAACCGCCUCUUCUGGCUAGAAUUCCUAUGCAGCCACCUUCGUCUUCUAUGCAUUCUCAGGGCGGUUGGUUGAUAGAUGACGAGAAUAGACCUCCUCUUCCUAGACCUUCAGGAGUUUAUUCAAAUCAAUUUUCUGCUCCUGUUGGUUCAUUUCCGCAUGCAUCUCACUUAAGGAGUGAAGAGGUGGGUGUGGAUGAUGACAUGAAACGGCAAAAUCCUUCACGUCAAACAACAGAAGGCGGAAUAUCCCAGAAUCAUUUGGUGUCAAAUGGUAGGGAACAUCAUACAGACGGUGGAAAGAGUAACGGUGGGCAAUCUCAUUUGUUUGUGAGUGCGCUGCAAGAAAUUGGAAGAAGAUGCGGUUCUAAGGUGGAGUUUAGGACUGUGAUGAGUAGCAACAAAGAGUUACAGUUUUCAGUUGAGGUUUUGUUCACUGGUGAGAAGAUAGGCAUUGGAAUGGCAAAGACUAAGAAAGAUGCGCAUCAACAAGCGGCUGAGAAUGCUCUUCGAAGUUUGGCUGAAAAGUAUGUUGCACAUGUGUCACCUCAAUCUAGAGAAACAGAGAAAGAUCCGAAGAAUGAAAAUGGGUUUCUUUGGGAAAGCAGUGAAGCAGUAUCAAACGAAAGACUUGAAGAGGUAGCGACUAAAGAAAACAUGUCCGAAUCAUGA